AUGAGCAUUAGAUGGCCAAGAGUGUUAACCCCAACGCUUCUUUCUCAAAUCCUAAAGAAGCAAAAGAGCCCUGUAACAGCACUGCGUCUCUUCGACCAAGUAAAAGAGAGGUUCCCUAGUUACAACGGUCACAACGGCUCCGUGUACGCCACCAUGAUCAACAUUCUCGGAAAAUCCAAUCAUAUAUUAGAAAUGAAAUAUGUUAUAGAGAAGAUGAAGGAAGAUUCUUGUGAGUGUAAAGAUACAGUUUUUGCAUCGGUUAUUAAAACAUUCUCCAGAGCUGGGAGGCUUGAAGAUGCCAUCUCUCUCUUCAAGAGCCUCCAUGAGUUCAACUGUGUGAAUUGGACUUUAUCUUUCGAUACUCUUUUGCAGGAGAUGGUUAAAGAGUCGGAGUUUGAAGCUGCUUGUCAUAUAUUCAGAAAGUAUUGUUAUGGUUGGGAGGUGAGUUCUAGAAUCAAGGCUUUGAAUUUGCUUAUGAAGGUUCUUUGUCAGGUCAAGCGCUCUGAUUUGGCUUCUCAUGUCUUUCAAGAGAUGAACUACCAGGGAUGUUAUCCGGACAGAGACAGUUACAGGAUUUUGAUGAAAGGGUUUUGUCUUGAAGGGAAACUUCAUGAAGCGACGCAUUUGUUGUAUUCAAUGUUCUGGAGGAUCUCUCAGAAAGGUUCAGGUGAGGACAUUGUGGUUUACAGGAUUCUGUUGGAUGCGUUGUGUGAUGCUGGAGAGGUUGAUGAGGCUGUUGAGAUUCUUGGUAAGAUCUUGAGAAAAGGACUAAAGGCACCUAAAAGAUGUUAUAAUCAUAUUGAAGCUGGUUAUUGGGAAGGUACCAGUGAAGGUAGAGAACGUGUGAAGCGUUUGUUGACAGAGACUUUGAUCAGAGGUGCUAUCCCUAGUUUGGAUAGCUAUACUGCCAUGGCUAAUGAUCUAUUCGAGGAAGGUAGGCUUGUUGAAGGUGAAGAAGUGCUUCUUGCAAUGCGAAGGAAAGGCUUUGAGCCAACACCUUUUAUCUAUAGUGCCAAGGUGAAAGCACUGUGUAAAGCAGGGAAGGUUGAAGAAGCUGUUUCUGUUAUCAACAAGGAGAUGAUGGAAGGUCAUUGCCUACCAACAGUUGCUGUGUAUAACGUUCUUAUAAAAGGCUUAUGCAACCAAGGGAAAUCAAUAGAGGCUGUUGGAUAUCUUAAAAUAAUGUCUAAGCAUGUUUCUUGUGUAGCUAAUGAAGAAACAUAUCAAACUCUAGUGGAUGGUUUGUGUGGUGAUGGUAGAUUUGUAGAAGCAAGUCAGGUCAUGGAAGAGAUGUUGAUUAAAAAUUUCUUCCCUGGUGUUGAAACUUACAAUGUGAUGAUUAAAGGUCUUUGUGGUAUGAAUCAUCGGUAUGAAGCUGUGAUGUGGUUGGAAGAAAUGGUUAGUCAGGAUAUGGUGCCUGAAUCUUCUGUGUGGAAUGCUUUGGCUGAGUCUGUCUGCUUUGGUUCCGUUGAUGUUGUUGACAUGCUUGAGCAUCUAAUUAGUAGCAGAUGUUAG